AUGUUGGAUUACACUUCCAGUGAUACCAGUUUCGGUAAGCCAAGUCAAGCCGACUUGAAGUUGGGAUUAGCAACUGCGCCAAUAUUAUUUGCAUGGAAAGAAAGACCAGAAUUAGGUGAAUUAAUUGCAAGGAAAUUCAGCCAAGAAGGCGACGUUGAAAUUGCAAGAAAUGCUGUUGAAGAAUGUGGUGGUUUAGAGAAGACCAGAGAAAUGGCUCAAGAUUAUUGUUAUAAGGCAUUGAACAAUUUGAGGGUUUUACCUGAAUCAGAUGCAAGAAGUGCAUUAGAAUUCUUGACAAAUUCAGUUUUAACUAGAUCUAAAUAA